UUGAGAGCAUUGCUGGGCAUCCAUUAUCUACAUGUAUAUGAGAUGGAAAAAAGUAACUCAAUCAGGUUGUAGGAAGGAAAAAGCCGAAGAGAGAGAGAGAGAGAGAGAGAGAGAGAGAGAGAGAGAGAGAGUGAGUCCAAGAUUUGUACUAUUUCUGGAGAAGAACUCAAAGAAAAGCUAUGGAAUAAAGAAAGAAAAUGAAGAAAAGAAAAGGGGCAGUAGAGGAGAAUCAAUUACAAUGCUGAAAUUAAAGCUUAAGGCCACGGGUUAUCGUUCGCCUAAUCAAUCUGAACUAUCUGCAUUAUCUGAUCUACUAGUGGAGCCAUCUCAACUGACCGCUACUGUUACUGUUACUGCUACUGCUGCUGCUGCUGCUACUGUUACUGUUACUGCUACUGUUACAGAGAUCUCUGUCAGUUCCAACGUUUGGAGCUACUACUAUUUACUUUUUGAUGGCCAUCAACUGACUGUUCAGUCUAUUAAGACCUACUGUACUGUUCUGCUACUAGAUGUACCACGUAUGACUGCUAUGGUUUCUAAAUGACUGAUAUGACAUGAAAUAUGAGACACUGAUUAAAUAACUGAUCUACAGAAGCAAUUGACUGUUUUAAUUACUGAAAUG